AUGAGUUGUUUAAAAAUCAUACUCAUCGAGUCUCUCUGCAAACUACUAACCAGUACGAGAUCACAAAGAAACGCCACUCUCUCUUCCACCCACCCACCCACUUCGCGGCGCUCCUCCACCGCCGAACCUCCUCAAAACACCACCGCCGGCCCCUUUUCUCUCUACUCUUCUCACCCAAGUCGGAAAAAAUGGAGGACGAACCCCAAAUUUCGAAGCAGAUCAAAGACAAAGAAGAAGACUCGGACGAGGAGUUCUACGAGAAGAUUGAAGCGCCCAAGUUCGUCGACUUUAGGGCUCCCAACUCGUAUCGUCCCCGACGAUCGUUACUGGUUCUGCUUGCGCGUCGGUUGUGAUCAAAAGCAUGAAGAAGAAAUGGACUCGGAAGCAAUCUACAAGAAUUUCAUUCUUCGGGUAAUGGCAGCAAGAAGUCCCAAUAUAAGACUUCGAAAAGCACUAAAUAGAAAAGCUUCAGGUUCGAACAUAAAAUGUCCUCUUUCUGCCCCCCCGAAAUCUUCCAAGUCUAGAGUAUCGAAAUUGGCAGUGGUUUCAUCGCUUUCUCAGAAGAUGGGUGAUGACAAAGCCAAUGUUAUGCCUCUUACAAAGCUGAGUGCUACCCCAAAGGCCAAGUCAAAGCAAGUUGCUGCCAAGUACUUGACUACUCCAAGGAACAAAAAGUGUCCACCAAAUCCAAACUCCUUUAAAAGUGUUCAGAACCCAAACCAACAACAACAAUAG